AUGUCUGAAAGAAAAGAAGGUAAAGUAUUGGUAGUGUCGAACAGAUUGCCCGUGACUAUCACCAGAAAGGAUGAUGGCACGUACGACUACUCCAUGUCUUCUGGCGGUUUGGUGACCGCUCUCCAAGGCUUGAAGAAGUCCACUGAAUUUCAAUGGCUCGGCUGGCCGGGAUUGGAAAUCCGUGAGGACGAGCAGGAGAAAGUCAACAAGGAUCUUAUGGACAAGUUCAAUUGCACUGCUAUCUACUUGAGUGAUGCUAUCGCCGACUUGCACUACAAUGGGUUCUCUAACAGUAUAUUGUGGCCAUUGUUUCACUACCACCCGGGUGAAAUGAAUUUCGACGAGGUUGCUUGGGCCGCUUACAUUGAAGCAAACAGAACCUUUGCUUCUAAGAUUGCUUCGCAGGUGGAGGACAACGAUUUGGUCUGGAUUCAUGACUACCAUUUGAUGUUGUUACCUCAAAUGCUAAGAGAGGAAUUGGGCACCUCAAAGAAGAAUGUUCGUUUCGGUUUCUUCCUCCACACCCCAUUCCCAUCCUCUGAGAUUUACAGAAUCUUACCGGUGAGAAAGGAGAUUUUGGUUGGUGUUUUGAGCUGUGACUUGAUCGGCUUCCACACUUAUGACUACGCCAGACACUUUAUUUCUUCGGUUUCGAGAAUUGUACCCAACCUGAAGACACUUCCUAACGGAAUCGAAUAUGAAGGUCGCUCAAUCAGCGUGGGUGCUUUUCCCAUCGGAAUUGAUGUGAACAACUUCACUGACGGUUUGGAAAAGCCAGAGGUUGUUGAAAGAGUCAAGCAACUCAAAAACAAGUUCAAGGACGUGAAGAUCAUCGUGGGUGUCGACAGAUUGGACUAUAUCAAGGGUGUUCCUCAGAAAUUGCACGCUUUCGAAGUAUUCCUUACUGAAAACCCAGAAUGGAUUGGCAAAGUUGUGUUGGUGCAGGUCGCUGUUCCCUCGAGAGGCGACGUCGAAGAAUACCAGAACUUAAGAGCAACGGUCAAUGAGCUUGUUGGACGCAUCAAUGGUAAGUUUGGCACUGUUGAGUUCGUGCCAAUCCACUACAUGCACAAAUCCGUGCCUUUUAAUGAGCUAAUAAGCUUGUACGCCAUUUCUGAUGUCUGUCUUGUCAGCUCUACAAGAGAUGGUAUGAACUUGGUGAGUUACGAAUACAUCGCCUGUCAAAGCGAAAAGAAGGGUGCUUUGAUUUUGUCGGAGUUUGCUGGUGCCGCACAAUCCUUGAACGGAGCUCUUAUUGUGAACCCUUGGAAUAUCGACGAAUUGAGCGAGUCCAUUAAAGAGAGUUUGACAUUACCCGAGGAAAAGAAGGAGCUCAAUUUCAAUAAAUUGUUUUCCUAUAUUUCCAAAUACACCUCCGGUUUCUGGGGAGAGAGUUUCGUCAAGGAAUUGUUCAAAUGCAAGGCUAAUGGUGAUCAAAAGUAA